AUGGCACAGAGAGGUGAAAACCGUCGCGGCAGUCGCGCAACCUCUUCGUCCAGUCGCUCGUUUCCAAGUCGCGGGCGCGGCGGGCGACAUCGAGCGCCCAAAGGACCCACGGACGAAGAUGCUACACGCGGCAUCCAGCAGAGCGCAUUGCGCGUGGCGCUUGAACUUUGUCCAGUAGCGCUCGAAGCAAAGCCUUUGCAGGACAUUUGCUUGGACUUUGAACGGACCUUUGAAACACAACGGAGUUCGGCAGUGACAGCGCGUCAUGACGUGCGUGUGGAGCUGCUAGAGUGCGGUCUGGACAAGUGGCAGCACGUGGUGGAGAUGCAGCGCGUGCUGGCGGCGCUCAAAGGAUUGGAGGAGAAUGGAGAGCAGCUGCAGCUGAAAGCGGAGACGGUACUGAAGCAGGAUGUAAAGACGAAGAAGGCGACGUUGAGUUUGGCCUUUGCUGGAGUGUCUGUGGAUGCGGUGUGGCGCAUUGCAAACAGUUUAAUGCUGAGGCUCAAGAGCUGUGAGGUGCUGUCGAGGGUGCUGCUGCCGACGAAUCGGUUGGUGGUACCGUUAUUAUCGUUGGGUGUAGAGUGCAGCAACGUGGAGGGAAACAGGUAUCAGUGGGAAGGAAGACUGGUGUGGAGUCAGGUGGUGCUUGAUGCUGUUGUGGGUGAACAGCGAGAAGAGAUUCAACGGGUCGUGCUGCCGCCAUUUGAUGCAGCUCCGCAGUCUUUUUCGGUAGCACAGCUACGGUAUCCUGGCCUGGUGGCUCUUGUGGAUGAGAUGGUUCGCAGUAAUUCGGGUAGUGGCAAACCCGUGGUGAUUGUUAUGCGAGGCAUUCCAGGAAGUGGAAAGAGUACACUGGGAAAAGAAAUUGCGGCGUUAUGUAGGUACAAAAAGGUACCAUUCACGAUAUGUUCGGCGGACACGUACUUUACAACGCCGCGAGGGUAUGUGUUUGAUGGAAAGCAGCUGAGCGCCGCGCACGAAAGAUGCAGAUUUGAUUUUAAGAAGGCGGUAACGGGCGCUAUAUCGGAAGGAAACAAGCAAAGCAGUUGUUAUCAACAUAUCGUGCUGGUUGAAAACACCAGCACUCAGAAGUGGGAAUACGCGCCGUACGAAGCGAUCGCUCAUACUUAUGGUUGUCGCGUUUAUAUCGUUGAAAUGAAGUGUCCUGACGUCAUGACUGCAUUCCGGAUGGGGCAACGCAAUCAUCAUGGCGUCCCUCCACGCAAAGUUGUCAGUAUGUUUAUGCGAUGGGAGGAAGAUAGCCGUGCUCACUCUUUCACGCCCCGGUUUGAGCACGCUUUGCUUUCAGGGAACCCGCUAUCGGAUAGUGAUGCCGGGAACUUGAUUUACAUCGGUCUAUUUUUGGAGGAAAAGGCGAAGACCAAACUGGUUGAUCAGAUUCGUCUAGUACACACGAAGAAGUUUGCUGACCACGUGACAUUGUUUUACCAGCCCAAUCUGCAGUAUGUUCGGGAUGUUGAACUUGGUGCGCCAUUUUCGGUUCGUGGAGUCGAAGUCGUUCAAAACGAUCGUGGUCAAACUCUCCGAGUUGAGAUCGAUGAGAAGUUGCAUCUGCAAGUGAGAAACAAGAUACCACAUAUCACGUUGUCGACUGCGUACCGCGUGAGCCCUGUGUAUUCCAAUGAGCUUUUGUCCAACACAUUAGCAAAGCGGACAGCAGUCGAUCCGCCGCUAGAUUUAAGUGCUCGCAUCGGUGCGGUCUUGAACAUUGAAGGGGAGCAAGUGAUAACGACGAGGUCACCAUUUGAUGCUGAUGCUGUGGACUAUGGCGUGGAUCAUUUACGUUGCGCCACUGGCAACGAUGUGUCGCCGCAGACAAACACGCGUACCAGCUCAAAACUGUUUAUUUUGCACGUGAAAGAGAGCGAUUUCGCCGAUAAAAGUGAAGUAAGGACGAUGGAGCUUCUUGGUAUGGCGAAAGUGCUGUACCAAAUGGGAUCGGGAUGUAAAGCACGUUUGCUUUGUACCCAGCAGGGCCAAACGUCUUCGUUGCCAGUUUCGGUGCUGAUGAAAAGAGUGCAAGCGCGGUUCCAUCUUUCGGCUACACAAUCUUUUGACGAUGUAGUCAGUUUUCAUGAACCCACAGGGUUUGAUGAGACCAUUAGCAAAUUUCUGGAUGCAGCUAGUUUGGGGCCGCACCACCAGGUCGUGAUAUUGACAACCGAUGCAGAAGUUUUGCAAUGGCCUCUUUGCGAGAUUAAGUGCUUUCAGAAUGCUGCUUUGAGCGUAUCUCGAAUUGGACUCAAAAGUGUUGUGGUUCGAAACAUUUUGGCCCUAAGAUCUCCGUGCACAACUAUUUUUGCGGUGCUGGAUUCACUGGGCAUUAACACUGAAGAGCAAACGCAAAGCAUUGUUCUGCGAGGCAUCGGUAUUAUUGAUAACGCCUGGAAGCGAGUGACCAGAGAUAAUGGUGCAUUGUACAGGAUGGAUUCGACAAUAGUGAGCAUGUCCUCACCUGUUGUGGAUUUGUGCUUGGUGCUACCAAGUGAGACUUCUCUUAUCGAAGUAGCCACACUUCAAGAGACAUUGCUGCGUGAACUAAGUGCCGUCCGGAGUGUCCAGCAUGUUGUUUUUGACUCGAACGUCCCGGGCCGGUUCUACUUCAGCCUCUGCACUGCAUCGAGCUACACCCCAGCGUUUUGCGUCCAGAUGACGUCCAUGUCGGAAGACUGCAGCAGUGAAUUUGACAAUUAUGCUGCUGUCCAGCUCAACUGCUGGCAGCAAAUACUGCAGUCAAGUCGCAAAUUGUGUGAUGUUGAGCCGUACAGCGUGAUGACUAUACUCGUUCGCGCGAUUCUUGUGAGCCACUGUAGCAGCUUACUUCCAAGCAAGUGUCGGCUAUCUUCGUUGGUCAAUCUCAUUAGUGAACGAUUGGUAUUGCACUAUUUCAAGAGCAUCGAGUCGUGUGGUGAAGUGGAUGCAGUGCCUACUGCAGCGGAUGUAGUGUCGAGUCAAAUCGUCUGUUCGCUCUACCGGAUGCUGAUAUACUUGUCUAAGGUUAGCACGGAAGAGUGGCCUGCUAUCUUUGGCACAUCGCUUCAAACGCUUCAGGGUAACCAGAAAGCUCGAACUGAAUGGAGUCGCACGAUGGAGAAUGUGAUGCGAACCUGCGCCACCGUGAUGGCGGAAAACCCUUGUGUCGCGAAAGUUCUGAGAAAGUCGGCGUCCUUGUAUCUCAAGGACCAUCUUCGAGUUAUUUUUGCUCUUAUCAAGGUGCCGGUCGACAAAGCAGACAAUGCUUCGUAUGUGCGUGCUGUGGUGAUAGUUUCCAGUCACGUCAUGUGGAGCCAAGUGCACUCGUUUGCACUGUGCGACAAGUUACGUUCCGCUGCUGCAUUGCUGGUAUCUCAAGACGACGACAAUGACAAGGACGACACUAGUACGGGAGAUGAAAACGAGGGCAGUCGUGUCUUUUUCUCUUGUGUGCCGAGUGUGGUUGCUCGCCGCAUCGAUGUAACGACGUCAUCGCUCCAGGUGCUGCGCGAUGUCAUGACGAAGAUGGAUGCAGUUGAACCUGCUGAAAAUGACGGCACGAGGCGUCAAGCUGAAAUUGAAGGUUGGCUUGGUUUCGACUUGUGUCAGUCCCAAGUUGACAUGCAAUGGCACGCGGAGGAAUACGACAGCAGUACCAGUUGCUAA